AUGGUAAAGGAGGAAUGGAGAGGACUAGGACAGGUGCAGUUCACAGAUAAAUUGAAGGCUUUGACAGUCCCUCAGGGGAGAUGGCAUAAAGACAAGUUUGGUGACAUGGACAAGAAAAUUAAGAAGUUUGAGGAAGAGAUUAAGAAGGUUGAUGACAUGGUGGGUGAUGGGGUCUAUGAUGGAACUGUAGAGGCAAGAAGGAAAGCGCUGGUGGCUUGCUGUGCGAAAUGGUAUGUGAGAAAAGAAAUACUUUGGAAGCAGAUGUCGCGAUCUAGACAUGCGAGAGACAUAGAUAAGAACACGAGGUACUUCCACAAUUUAGCUUUGGCGAGAAGGAGGAAUAACAGGAUUGAUGCACUGGUCAUUAAUGGAAGAUUGAUAAGGAAUCAAGUUAGGAUUAAGAUUGAAAUUAGACACUUCUACAUGGAGUUAUAUCAUCAGGAGGAGUCUCCAAUGGUAAGGUUCAGAGACGAUCUGGUGGAAAUGAUCAGUGAAGAGGAUGCUUUGGCUUUGGAGGUGCAACCGACUUCUGAGGAGGAUGGAGAGGCAGUUUGGGAUUGUGAAUCCUCUAAGGCUCCCAAAAGUGAUGGUUACAACAUGAACUUCAUAAAGAAGUGUUGGGAUGAAAUUGGUCCUGAGUUCACGACAGUGGUGUUGGACUUUUUUCAGUCUUCUAGGCUACCGGCGAAUGCCAAUCUCACAUGGGUGAUGCUGGCACCUAAAUUCACUGGGGCAAAAGAAAUCAAGGAUCUCAGGCCGAUUAGCAUGGUUGGAUGUGUGUAUAAAGUCAUAUCGAAUAUGCUAGUUAGGAGAAUGCGAGCAAUAAUAUUAGAGCUAGUAGGUGAGACACAGAGUGCUUUUGUCAAGGGGCGAAAGAUUCAUGACGGGGCUCUUAUUACUUGCGAAACAGUUCAAUGGAUAAAACUGAGAAAGAAGGAAGCGGUGAUAAUAAAGUUAAACUUUCAGAAAGCAUAUGAUAGAGUCAAGUGGAGCUUUGUGGAUCUUGUUCUACAGAAGAUGGGGUUUGGGCGAAGAUGGAGGGGUGGGUCAUGGAGUGUGUCAGUACAAGCUCUAUGUCAGUAUUGA